AAAUAAAUGAUGCGACUGAAGACGCUGCAUUGAAUCAGGUGGCAGUGUCAGGAGUAGGGACCAAGUUGUUGUGCAAAAAAAUAUUUGUUCUUUUGAUACGUGCAUUAAUGGCACGUCGAGGGAUCACAACUACUUCUGGUUCUGUGCUGUUUAUGAGAAGAAUCUCUAAAUUCAUACCCGAAAGAAUACACAAAUUAAUGGAAGAAUUGCGCUAGCGAACGCAUCUUGUUCUUUUAUCGUCCUCUGAUUGCAAGAGGAGUAGUAGCAGAAGCAGCUUGAGGCUGCUGCAAUCAUCAACGACAUCAAGAUUGGCUGGACAACAACGACAACGAAUAUCCGAAAAAAUGCUUGGCCUUCGACCGCCGUUCGGUUCGGCUUCUAUGCCGAGUAACGUGCGCGGGGCGACUGUGGACUCAAAUGGUUUUCCGACAGAGCAACCGCACACACGAUAUCAUCGAGGGGAGAAUCCGCGAGUCUGGGCUGCCGAGACAGGUUUCGUUGACAGCGUCUACAGCCAUGACGGCAAGCAUGUGCCGGAUGGAUCACCACUUACUGGCUUGCGAAGCAUUAUGAUUUGUAACAUCUUGACGAUCCAGAUCCUACUUUGAUGCAGUUUUCUUGAUAUUUUUCGUUUGCUGUUUUUAGGCUUCUUCGGUAGCUACGAAUGGACUGCAACAGGAGCAAUCAUGAUGAACUCCUUAAACAUUUUGUAACCUCUGGAAAAAAGUGCUUCGUGUCUAGAAGUGAUAAGGACGACGUUCACGCUCUAAGAAGUACAUAUUCUAGUAGUGCUCUCCUUCUUGACUGAGUAAGCCCCUGAUGCUCAUCCUGAUUCACGACUUGCUUGUCAUUACCCUGCCCACUUUCAUACGUUUGUCGCCAAGAACCCUGAAGCUCGUGUGGGGCCAGUAUAAGGACCAAUGGCGAGGUCCCGCCAGCACGAUGCCGCACUUCAUGCAACUGGUGCACAACAAUAACGCGGGAUCCACUGACCUCGAGAGGUCAGUUUUGCAAACUAGCGACACGAGUCUAGUCACCUUCAGCCCACGCAUUCUGUCCAUGCGAGACCAACACAAGAAAGACCAACGCGUAGAACCAUUUGAGUACAAGAAGCCAAUAACGCAAGCGGAAAAAGACCUGAGAAACCACAAGUUUUGGUACGUCACGCUCGACUACAAGGACAAGCCAACAAGCGUGCAUGGAUACUGUACUCGACGUCUUAGUUGUCUAGAUUGAUUCUUGAAGGUUAAUGCCAGUUGUUCUUUCUUGAAGAAGUUUAGAAGUCUUGCUCCUCGGGUUGUCCACCAACUCAUUCAAAUCAUUGUUGAUUUUUCAUCAUCAAAAGCAUACGUUUGCGAUGCACCACGUGUAGUAUGUCACAAUCAAUCUUCAAAAAACAGGGCAUUGGAAUACGAGUUUUUUGCCAUGCACGCAAUUAACCGACUUCCCUCGGAGAGAAGGAAGUCCAAUGAGCCCGCGACCGGGUGAGGAUCCAAGCAGAAAUAUUUCCCAGCUAUCUUCGCCCGCGCUCAGUCGUACUUUUUCAAUCCCGCGCGCCAAAGUCUAUGAGUUUAAGUACGUAGUACAUUAAAUAGUCCUUGAAGGUGAAGAAAUCGAUCGUAGUAUGGAGAAAUUAAUAAGACGGACGCACGAAAGGAAGCACUUUUUUUUUUCUUUGCAUUUUUCGCUCACGCACUCACAGCACGCACGCCUCCACGUCGACGGUCACGAUCUCCGUCGCCCCGGGAGGAGGGGGAUCGAGAUGAGUCACCAGUCAUACGAUCUCUCACAAGGAUGGCCCACAACAUCCGCGGCACACUUCCGAAACGCAAAUUGCAGCCGUGGCCGAGUCGGACUACGAAAAAGAAAUCAACUUAUGAAUUCACAGGUUUGGAUUUUGAGAUUUGCUGAGAGUGAGACUCUAUGUGACCAAGUGAAUUUGAACAACAAGAAAAAUUUGCUUAACUAGACAGAUCACAACUUUAGCGGAAGAGGUGUUCCUGGGAACUACUAAUCAGUGAUAGCUGCAUCUACUCAGCGUUGUUCUUCUUGAUCCAUGUCUAAUACACUAGAAUGUCAGGGCUGUCUUCACAGGAGUUGAGCAUGUCCGUUUCCUAUCCAGCAGAUCUUUCGAGAGCGGCAGAUGGCCAGCUCGUUGGAGACCACUUCCAACAGUUCGCGCAUGAAAAGCGAAAGCAGCUAAGCUCACUUGCGCAUAGCAAAGUCCUCUUUGUUAUGGCUCGAGAAAUUAUAUUUAUUUUUAUAUGUUUUAGGGCUGCACGGUACCCCCCAUGUGGUCUGGUCUGUGGUGGCGCGCGCGCGCUUUUCCGCGCUGAUUUUCGCGGAUUCCAGUGGUGGAAGGCGUCAAAACUUGGCGCAGGCGGUCCCUUGCGCCUCUCUGCGUGGUCCUUAGGGAACUCCUGGCCUCUGCUGACCCUCGCAGGCGGGAGGCCUCCGGGGUAAAAGGCCGCCGAAGGCGGCCAAGGUCGCAUGAGCCAGGAAGCCGAUGAUCAAGGGCCCGGAGGGUACAGGCCGCACGGCUCAGAGAGUCCAGCCCCUCGCCUUUUGGCGCCUUCGGAGGCCUUCCAAAACCGGCGCACUGCUGCGGCGGCGAAGCAUAUCGGAGGCACUUAGGGCACAGGCAGGCACCUGGAAAGGGGCGCAGGCGGUCCCCUGGGCCCCUUUUGAAGCCUCCCAGCUAGAUCGGAGGCCUGUAAGGGACCGCCAGGCAGCUGGAGGGGAGCGGAGGAGGUAACUUGGCUCCUUUUUGAGGCCUUCUACCCCCGGCAGACGCCUUAAAAAGGGGCCUGGGGCGGCACGGUGCCCCCCCUUACGCUAGGGGGGGGGCGCCGUCGCCCCGCGCCCUGGAUCAUAUAUGAUUAUUCAUUAUGCUCUUUGUAUAGUUUAUAGAUACAAAAGUGAUCUUCAUCUUGUUCGUUCCCUGUAGAAAUGUACAGUACGUAGUAUCACUUGCAUUGUUAUCGCUGAGAAAUUACAACGGUCCGCAGUUACUGUUUCUCAUAGAUAAUUGACACUCUUGCGUACCUCAACCUCAUGAUCGUCAUGAUCUAAGUGUUUCGGCGACAAGAGGAUGGGCAUCUCUUCGAGUGGCGCGUUUUAUCAAGGAUCGCCACGAACUGAAGGUGCAACAACUUCCUUUAUGUUUAUUCAUUGCUAGACGUUUCUUCGAAGUGACUUCAUCGAUCUAGUCCAUUCAUCAUCAUUAUUCAUCGAUUCUAGAAAUACCAGUCUUGCCAUGACGACAUCAGACAGUUAUAAUAGUAGGAAUAGAGUACUAUCAUGAUAGGGAAAGGGAAUGCAAUUCCAUUUAUUUCUCCAGGUGACGUUUCCGUUAUGUCAAAGUCAACUUCGAGGCGCAGUCUCGUGACGUACAAGAGCGAAAGACACGCCCGAGUCGCUGAAAGCAUAAACCGUACUUCCAUGAUCUCAAUGUUAAAUACUGCGGUUUCCUUUUCACUUUCCUUACUCCGGAAGAAUUAUUUUCACGCGGUGCCGUUUGACAUCGUUCGUUGGAGUCUACUCAAAAUGUUGAUCAUUUGAUUGGUCACACCGGACACACAUGAUAUGACAUGACAUUUUCUCUUCCUUCUCAGGUUUGGCACCGAUGACGCAGACUAGUUACAAUACUCGAAAGCGUGCGCCUGCCCGAAAGUAUCGGCAAUUUCUCUACACGUCAUUGCAUGGCACGAAAAAAGAUCUGCCGAUCAUUGCGGACCGUGUAGACGCUCUAAACCCUACGCGCCGAGAAGGCAGUUGGUGGCAAGAGCCCAAGCCAAGCGACAAGGGUUGGCGAAGCAACACCAGAGUCACACACAGGCCUAUGAUGUGAACGAAAAAAUUUAUAGACGAAUUUACUCGUCCGUUGUUGUUGUAAAGAAAAUAUUACAACAGUCAGAAUCACUCUAGAGAUUUAUUAUUGCUACUCAAUCUAACAGUCGCAGGUGCGGGGAGGGCGGUGCCCUGUGGAGGCAACCCGAUCGAUUGACUGAUCUAAUAUAUUUAUCGUCGCCAGUACUUAAUGCAUGCCCUUUUUCACUUCGUUUUUGCUACAUAUUUUUCACAUUUACAUUUGGAUAUCUCAUACAACUAGAGGUAGAGCCGGCGUGGUCAUCGUAUCUGGUGCUAGUACGUAGCAAUAGUGCAUCUCUACUGUUUGAUCCUGAUUAA